AUGGGCCCUGGGAGGCCCUUGCAGAAGCGCUAUGGCGGGUUCAUAGGCGUCCGGAAAUCUGCCCGCAAGUGGAACAACCAGAAACGCUUCAGUGACUUCCUGAAGCAGUACCUGGGCAUGAGCACCCGAGCCAACAAGUCCUACAACAGCAUCUCCGCUGACAUCACCCAACAGAACGAGGUGUAG